AUGAACCACAUCAUCAAGCAGGUGCCGGAGCGGCACGAGUUCGUCCAGUUUGCCACCCUCACCUUCCGACAGGGUCUCCAGCACUCGCCCUCGACGCCGCCGCUCGCCUUCACCCACGUCUCGGCCCAGCUCCAGGCCGUGCCCGGCGUCAAGGCCAUCUACCUCGGCCAGCAGAUGGAGCGCCCCGACCACUGGACCUGGGCCGUCUGCUGGGCUUCUCCCGCCGCCCUCGACGCCUACCUCGCCUCCCCGAUCUUCGACGACUGGCUCGACGACUUCCGCGCCACGACGGACUCGUACAUCUUCACAAAGUCCCUCCUCCGCGGUGACGCCGCCGCCGCCCUCAACGCACCCUGCACCGAGAUCUUCACGGCAUACGGCGCCCCCCGCUCAUUCCUCGAGACCCGCGUCAAGCCCCUCGCCUCGCGCCUCAGCGCCGGCGCCGUGCCGGGCGUUCGCGCCUCCGCCUUUGGCCAGUUCGAGCUCCUCGCCGAGUACGGCGUGCUGGCUCUCGCCGGCAUCACCGUCAGCGUCAUCAUCGGUUGGGACACCUAUGAGGCCCAGCGAGCCCAGACAGACCAGGAGAAGCUCUCGAACAGCAGCGUUCACUACGCCCGGGACGACAUCAAAUCCGUCGACCUGGUGAUUGCUCCCUUUCCUGGCACAAUUGUCGCAUCCCUGCACCCCGGGAUCACGCUCGCUAACCUUGCCGGCCUGAUUCCCAGUAUCAUGUCCAGCUGA